AUGGCGGACGCGUCGUUCGUGUGCUUCGUGGGGGCGAAGAAACGCGUGGUGGGGGCGACCGCUGGGCGGUGUCGCGCGCGAUCAGAGCAGGUGGCGACGAAGGAGCUGGGCUGCGACGUGGUGAAAGAUCUCGGACUCGCGGGUUUUCUGAGCGCCGAGGCGAAGGCGCGGACGCACGAGUGCGAGGACACCGGGACGGUCACGGUGUUCAUCGGGGAACUGGAGAACUUGGAAGAAAUGGCGCGGGAGGUGGAUCUGCCGAGCGACGCGAACCCGGCGCACGUGGUGUCGCAGAUGAGGUCGACGUUCGGGACGUCAUUUCUGGACGAACUGCGCGGGAAGUGGGCCUUUGCAACGGUGACUCCGCAGAGAGAAUCCGUCUUCGCCGCGGUCGACAGUGAGAGCAGUUUGACAAUAUACCGAGGACGGGGAACCGAAGGCGGGGUCGUCAUUUUACACGCGCAGGAAGGAUCGGGUUUCAACCCAAAGAAGUGCGAGGCGCUGGACGUGUUCGAACUCACAAAGAUUCCGGCGGGAAGCUUCAUCAGCGGAAACAAACACAUUACACCGCAUCGAUACGUUCAAGUGAAAUCUGAUGAUGAUUUGUACGCGGUUUAUAAUACGUUCGACGAGGUGCCUUACAGUGGCUUGAACGACGUGUCCGAUCUCAAGGCUUCACUAGGUGCCGCUGAAGCGCACGCAGUAGUUAGUGGCUAA